CCAGCCCAAGGCCAACCGGCCUUCGCGUAAAACUAGCUGUACUUUAGUUGUCUCCCCCCAAAGGGCUCUUUCUCUCCCACUUCUGAGAAACCCCCACUCUCCUUUCGACCUAUCUCCAUGUCCUAUAUACAUCCCCACAAUCCCCCAAGCCACCUCACAAACCAAACAUACUACUCCUCUGCAAGUUUUAUCCAGUAUCAACUCUCUCUUUUUCCAAAAUGGCGUCCAAGUCUCAGUCAAAUUUCCAUGAUUUCUUGCCUCUUAUGGCUGAGAAGCUAGGUGGGGAUGGACUGAUUGGUGAGCUGUGCCAUGGGUUUCAGCUAUUAAUGGAUAGUGAUAAAGGGGUCAUCACAUUCGAGAGUCUGAAGAGGAAUUCUGCUCUCUUGGGAUUACAAGACUUAAAUGAUGAAGAUCUGAGGAGUAUGCUUGAAGAAGGAGAUUUUGAUGGAGAUGGGGCUCUCAAUCAAAUGGAGUUCUGCGUGCUCAUGUUCAGAUUGAGUCCUGAGUUGAUGGAACAGUUUCAGUUUUUGUCAGAAGAAGCUCUUCAACAGGAGUUCAACGAUCAUGACUUUGUCUUGUAAUUUACCACUUCUGUUCAACACAAUUCUUGAUCAUUAAUUGUACAAGUUUGGAUUUUUAUGUGAGAAUAUACAACAGUUAAAUGACGAAACAAAUUUAUUCAA